CAAGGAAGCUGGGAGAUCUUCGACUUUCGACUCGGAAGUCUGGCGUUCGAGGAUUCAGGAACCAACCAUUAUACAGGGAUUUUAGGUGAUUUUUUUGUUUGUUGUGAUUAUUGAUACAGACAUGACGUCCUUCGCGUCAUGUCUGUAUCAAUGUAAACACGAGCAGAGAGUCUGCCCAUAAAGCCAGACUCUCUGCUCGUGUUUACAUGUCGGGCUGAUUGGAAGUAGUGGAUCAAGUUUCAACUAAACUGACGGAGUUCAACCAGCAAACGUGUGCGUCAGCCAGGAUGACAUAUGUCCCCGUCCCCUGUGGGUGGGACCCGCAUCUGACCCUGGUGUCAUCAACAAGCGCCGUCGUCCUGGAUGCUCCCCAUUCUAAUGGUUAGACUGUUCCUUCUCCUUUUCUUUAUGUUUGGCACUGUCCACUCGCCAUACCGAUCGGAUCGUCGUUCUCCGUUCUGGUUCCUGCCCGCUUUCGCCGCGGGGUCGAAGUCCGGCGCGUUCAGCAGAACCCACGGAGCAUGCGCAGUACGCAUUAAAGAGCGCACCAGUUAAUGUUCUCUUCCGCGCACACUGAGAGGACACACUGGGCUGCUGUACGGGUCUGAGAGGACCCAGUGGGCUGCUGUACAGGUGAGCAGAAACACGUCUCAGCGUGCUUUAUAUCAGGACUCUGGGUUUGGAAGAAUACUUCUGCAGCAGAAGGAUGAGGAAAGCUUCUGAAGAUGAAUGUUUCCCAUAAAGAGGACGAUGAAGCGGUCUACUUCCUGUCCUGAUGGCGUUCCUCACGGCGAACCUCCCGAGGCGCCCAAAGACUCGGAGGAGGUCCAGCUCCACCCCCCCCCUGUUCCCCCCCGAGCUCCCGACGCGAGCCUCCCCACGCACGGGAUGACCCUGAGACGGCCCCCGCGCUGCGGCCUGCGCUCGGCCACCCAGGGGGCCGCCUCCCCGAAGCCCGGAGCGGGGAACCACCGGCCGCCGCGACCCCGGAGCGCCGGGAGAGGGGCGGCGAGCAGGCAGCCUCCUCGCCCCCGACCGGGCGCCAAGAGGAGGAAACCGUACGCCCGGAAGCUAAAGAGCCUGGACUCUGGCCCCGGGCCCCCGGCGGCCCCCGAGGGGGGCGCUCCGUACGCCUCCCGGCCGGCCCCUGAGGGUCUGUUGGACAGCCCCCUGAAAACGAGAGUCGGCGAGGGGUCGCAGAGACACGGCAGCCCCGACUCCUCGGUGGACCCCUCCGUGGUGGCACCGCUCCGCCGCCUCAGACCGAAGGCCCCCCAGUCCAGCUCCUCCUUCACCCCCCCGGCCAAGGUGAUCUCCAAGCGCUGUGCGUCCCGAACGACGUCCACGCCCAGAAAGGGCAGCUGCGGGACUCAACCCGGCAACUCUCCGCCCUCCAGCAGACCCAGUUCCCCGCUAGACCAGCUGAGCCCAAAUGAGUCCCAGCUCUCCUCAGACCUCUCCAUAGAGUUCAGUUUACCCGAGGAGGAGCUGAUCCUCCCCUUUGAGGAGGAAGAGGAGGAGGAGGAAGAGGAGGAGGAAGAGCUGCCAUGCUUCCCGAUGUACUUUUCCAAACAGCCUGAGAGCAUCAAGGAGGGCGCCUUCGUCUGGUGCAAGUUCAGAUUGUUUCCCUUCUGGCCGGCCGUGGUGAAGAGUGUCAGACCUAAAUUGAAAAAGGCCAGCAUCCUUUGGAUCGAUCAGCCGACCAUUGACACGAAGAGGAAGGGGUUCUCUGUGUCUCUGAGGAACCUCAAACCCUUAGACUGCGAGGACGCCAAUCAGCUGGUGAGUGCAGCCAAGGCAAAUUACGCUGCCAUCAUCGACUGGGCCUUUGAGAUGAUCAAUGACUACGUGCUCCGUAUUGCCUGCAGCUCCUUCACCGGCUCCUUCAUCGAAUACUCGUCACAUCGUAUGAGUUACCCGGUGAGGAGGAAGUACCCCACGGACCACGUGGAGAGGCUGGGUCUGCCCAGCCAGCCAGAGCUGGAGGAGGGGGAGCCCCACAGCGGGGGGGAGGAGAGCGUCUCGGAGGCCCCGGAGGAGGGGCCGGGCGCCAAGAGGCUCCUCCCUGACCGCACCGUCGCCGCCCACAACCGCGCCAACGAGAAGCUGGUGGCCUUCAUCGUGUCCCAGAGGCUCGCCGACAGGCACCUGCUGGCGGUGGUCCGGGGGCAGCAGGCCUCCCGCUGGCUCUGCUCGUUCCUGGAGGUGCGGCGGCGGCUGCAGGUGAAGCCCUACCUGGAGGACGACCGGCAGCUGGACCAGGUGUACCUGUACCUGAAGGAGCUGUUCCACCGCGUCACUGACCAAGCCCCCUGCCUGGCCAACGUCAAGUUCAUGGACGACGUGCGCUUCGUGCUGGACGUGCUGCUGCCUGAGGCCAUCAUCUCGGCCAUCGCUGGCGUCGAUAACAUUUCACUGACUAAGGCUGAGGAGAAGUAUCUAAACGGAAGAUGUAUUAGUGAGAGAGAGAGAGAAGAGUUUGAGUUGACGAUUGGCCGGAUGAGAUGAGCUCUGCGCCCUUCUCUUUAGUUUUUGUCGUCCAACGUUUGACAGUCCGGCUCUUUUUUUUUUUCUUUUUUUUUUACCUGCCAAUUUUUUCAUUUCAUCAAAACGAUCAAAACUAAUUGUGUUUGUGUGUGUGUCUGUGCAUGCAUACAUGUUAAAGUAACUCAUGGCCUAUGGAUGUUCUAUGAGUGCCUGGUUAUUUAUGGUCAUCAUAGAAUAAACAAAUUUAUUCUAAACAUU